AUGGCCUGUACCUCACCGUCCAAAGAUGUAUUGAGGGCUAUCUACCCGAGUUAUCUAGGAAAUUUACCACUUUCACUACUCAAAUCUACGCUCGAGCUACUCAACUCCUUACUCCUGAUGUCAUUUUUGCGCCCUCUUGGGACUUUGCGCCCUCUCAAACCUGGCGCCCUCUAUGGCUUCACGCCUUCUAAGUUGCAGCGCCCUCCAAAAACAUCAUCAGAAUUAUUAAUGCUUCUUGGUUAUCCCGGUCACCAUCAACCAACCAUUACUGUUGAUGUCGAGAAGUUUAAAAGUGUCAUCCAAGGACUGCCAGGCACCAACCCUGACGACAGAGGGUAUUUUGACUACGAUAGGACGUGGCUAGAGGCAAGAGAUGGCUCGGUCAUAAAAGAAUACAAGCAAAAUCGCUCUUCUUUCAAAGACCACGUCCGCACCACUCAAUGGGACGAUCUACAACUCACAUACUUCAUCAGUUACGCGAUGUGCAACUACUUAUCCAUCCCGUUUCUCUUUAUUCGCCCCGAUUUCACAACCCGCGAGCUGGAACCGCAUACCGAAGGCAGAGACAACUGGCGCGUUUUGGAAGUAACAUAUCCAGAUGGAUUUCCGACGCAUACCAAAGUUCAAAAGUUUUAUUUCGAUGACAAAGACUUUCUCUUGAGAAGGAUGGAUUAUGUCACCGAUGUUGCGAAAGGAGUAGCCGCUCAUUAUUGUUGGGAUCACAAGAACAUCGAUGGACUGGUUUUCCCGACACUGAGGCGUAUUGUCCGAAGAAAUGGAGAUGUUGCCGUAUUCAACGGGCCAUCAGGAUUUGUAAUUGAUUAUACCAAUGUAGUUAUCCAUGAAAAGGCAGCUUGA